AACGCUUCGUCGUCUCAUCCUCGAGCUACUGUACCGUACCAACACUGAGCUUCGGACUCACUCCUUGUUGCAGCCUGAACGUACUGCUGAGAUACCCGUCAGGCCUCCCGGACCCUUUCAGCUUCUGUUCGCCUAAUUUGUGAUUUUUUACGUCAAUAGUGAAAGAGAAGACGACCUUUGUGGUCGAGGCAUUUGGCAACAAGUCAACGCGACAACCAGGAGAGAGACAUUUGAAAAACGUGAGUGUCGAUCACUUCCUCUUUACUAGUAGUAGAUAACAUUCACAAUCAACCUAACUAAACACAAAUAGAAUAAAGGAGGUGGUGAUACACUGCAGUUCGCAGCGGUACAAUGGCGGAUUCUGCCCCUCCUCUUCCAAAUGAGGGCAAUGCCCCUGUGGAACAUCCACAUCCAGUCGGAGACUCGUCUCUGCUUUCUUCCACCUUUGGGACUAUUUCUGAUCGUCUACACCAAGCAGUGCAAACCCCUGCCAAUUAUGCAUCCUCUUCUGUCUCCGCUUCCAGCAAUCCCGCUAAUCUGGUUUCGAAUGGCGGAAUCCUGAUGCAACCUAGCAAAAGCAUCGACGAUGACGACCACGAGCCCUCAGAAACAGAGUCAAUAACCACAGAUACAUCUGCAGGGAUGAUGCCCUGCGAUGGAGCCUCUGAAGAAGCAGACGAGGUUUCCAUCUUGGAAGCAAAAAUACAGAUACUGUAUGGGCAGCUACACACGCGGAAUUCCACCAUUGAGCAGCUGAGAGCAGCAAACAAUCAAACUCGACAAGAUUUUGAGCUCUUUGAAAAAGAAAACGUGGAAUGCAUGGAAGAACUCUGCUACGAUAUUCAGGACCUGAAAGACAAGCUGCAAGAGAAAGAAGACCGUGUGUGCGAGCUAGAAUCGCUGCAGGUUAUUCCCGAGCAUCUUGAAGGCCAAGAAGAGAUCGUUGCAGAGCUGGAAAAGAUGAAUCAGCAAUUGAGAGCGAAAGAUCAGAGGAUUUGUGAGCUUGAAGAGAGUCAAGGAGGCAUUGUCGCCGGGCAUUCGGAAGAUGCUUCUGUGUGCGCUGAACUCAGAGAGGAGCUCGAGGCGACUAGGAGAAAGCUGAAGGAGAAAGGGGAGAUGCUCGAGGCGGUGGAAGAAUCAGAAUGUCUCAACUUUAGUUUGGUAGAAGAACGCGAUGAAGAAAUUGAACGGUUGAAUGAGGUGAUUGCCAAUUUGGAAGCGAACGUCAACGCCGCCAGUCGGGGCACCGGUGGCAAUGACGAUCAUAGUACUGACAGCGACGCGACUGACGAUGUCGCCGAUUUGGAGGCCAAGAUUCAGCAGUUGCAAGAUGAUCUUGACGAGCGAGAAGAGGAGCUCGAUGCAUUGAAAGAAACGAGCAUGCAAGAUCAAGAGGAGCUCGAAGAUCUGGGUCAACAGCUAGCCACUCGCGACGCACGUAUUGAGCAACUAGAGACUGCAAAUAGGUUGAACGAAGAACUCAUCAGAGAACUGGAGAAGCUUGAGGCUCGGAAUGAGAAGGAGAACGCAGACGAGCUCCAAGACGCCCUUGAGGAACGCGAUGCUAAAUGCAAAGAACUGCAAACCAAGGUGGAUGGCCUAUCUCAACAACUAGAUCUUGCCCUCGAACAGAUUGAUGAUCAUGAGUUGCAUACCCCAGAACUCAAGCAGAUAUCAGAACUAUUGGAAGCAGAGACGUCACGGUGUGAACUGCUUGACGCCAAGCUAUCCGCUCUGGAGAAUGAACUCAAGGAUCGUAACAGUCGUAUUUUCCACCUUGGUUUCGAUUCUGACGUGGAGCUCAUAGAGGCGCUCCAGGACACGGAACAAGAGCUCCAGCGCAAAGAAAGAGAUUUGGCAAAACUUCGCCAGGAACCAUGUCCAUCAGACGCGAACACUGCUCGAGCUAUUCCCACCAACAUCAGCACUGAGAAGCCGGCUAGUGAAUCUCGUUUGGUGGCCUCUGCAGAUGAUCCCAAAUCAAUCGAGGCACUUCUAGUUGAAGAAAAAACCAUUCGUCAGAAAGUGAAAUCCAAAGUGAAGUCUUUAACGAGCUACCUGCAAAAACGUGAAUUUGACGACGAUUCACAAUCGUCUGCCUAUGAUAUGCACGAGUUGUACUUUCACCUCGCCCAGCAGAUUCGGGAUAUUGUCGUAGACUUGAGUGCACGCGAUGGAGUUGGCAACGACCUCAUCAAGGCCUUUCAAUUGAAGCUUGAAUACACAGCAAGCAUUGAGAAAGCUUUGAGUGCACGAGAGGUGCAGAUAGAGAUGCUCGUUCAGGAGCUGGAGGAACAAGAGCUAUACAAAGACAACCUGAACACAAGCAUCAACAGCAUUGGCAGCAACAAUUCGCUUCUUUUCAGCACAAAGCUAGAUCAGCUUCUCGUUGAUCUUCACGAACGUGAUGAGAAACUGAAAGUCCUGGAAUGGUUGACGGUAGACUUGAGCAAAACCUUGGAAGCCCAGACAGAAGAACUGGAGGAAGUCAAGGAGAAGGCAGCCGGCGAGAACAUGCAGUUUGAAAGGAAGAUUGAUCAGCUACUGAGCGAUGUCAAGAAGCGUGAAGUAGAGGUACAAAGUUUCAAGCAGUUGGUUGAAGCUGAAGGAGAAGUUGACAGCCAUCAGGCAGAGCUAGAAUCAAGGCUUGCUCAAGAAGUAUCACAGCGAGAAGGGCUUCAAGACAGGCUUGAAUGCUUGACCAAUGAUUUGAAAGAAUCCGAGAUGAAGAUAACCUGCCUGGAGGCUGAGGUGCAAUCAAGGGUAAAAGACGCAGUUCAGAAGGAGGAGCUCCAACAGGUCAUGCUCUCACAAGAAGCAGCAAAGCGAGAGGAUCUUCAAGCAAUGGCCGACUCACUAACCGCUGAGUUCCAAAUAGCCAACAAGAAGAUUGCUUCCCUUGAGUUUGAAGUAGAAUCAAAGAUGCAAAAUGCAGCACAGAACGAAGAACAGUUCUUGCAAGAAGCUUCGCAACGAAAAUGUUUUCAAGCUGAAGUAAACUCUUUGACAGCAAAAUUAGCAGAAGCCCAGGAGAAGAAUGAAUACCUACAGGCUAAGUCAGCAUCAAGCGAACAAGAUGCAGGCGUUGAGAGGCAGAGGCUCUCGCAAGAAUUGUCUCAACGAGAGGGCCUCCAGGCCAUGGUUGAAUCCUUGACCAUCGAUUUAAAAGAAGCCGAGAGGAAGAUUGCUUGCCUAGAGGCUGAGGUGGAUUCAAAGGUGCAAGAUACCGCGCAGCAAGGCGACAGGCUCUCACAAGAAGUGUCCCAGAGAGAGUGUCUUCAAGCCAUGAUUGAUUCAUUGACAAUUGAAUUAAAGGGUGCCGAGGAGAAGAUAGCCUGUCUUGAGGGUCAAGUCAAAUCGAGCGCACAGGAUGCAUCUCAGAAGGGGAGCAGACUCUCGCAAGAAGUGUCCCAGAGAGUGUGUCUUCAAGCAAUGGUUGGCUCACUGACAACUGAAUUACAAGAAGACAGGGAGAAGAUAGACUGUCUUGAGGACAAACUAAAAUUGAGUGCCCAGGAUGCAGCUCAGAAAGAGGGGCUCCAAGCAUUGGUGGAUUCGCUUGCACUGGACUUCCAGCAUGCCGAGAAGAAGAUAGCGCAGCUUGAAACUGUAGUUGAAUCAAAGGAGCAAGCGCUUUUGUCGCAACAACAGGAACGCAAAGAAAUUGUCGCAUCGUUGACUCGAGACAAAAUGGAAGCCGAGGGCCUCAUGAAACAGCUGGAGGACGAACUAGAAGCCAAAAACAGCUUCAUACGAAUGCGUGAGAUUCAAUUGCAGGAGUUGUCAGAGACAGAAAAAUCGUUCCGAGAACUAUCGCAGAGGCAUACUUCGUUGGAAAAUGAUAAAAGGUGCCUCGAAACCGCCUUGUCCGAGCGCGACGACUUGCUCGAGUCCAUGAGACUGCAACGCAGAGAGAUAGACAAGCUAGUUUCAGAGCUUCACGCGACAAAAGAAAAAUUGCGGGACAGGUACCAUCAAGUAGCAACUCUGGUCUGCGUCUCAGAGAUGGCAGGUCGGACCGUGCUUGCUCUGGAGAAGGAAAGUGACUUGAGGGACGAUGUGCUUAGGGACUUUGAGCAGGAAAUUGACACUCUUUUGGCUGAUGUGCAAGGCCGAGACCAGCGAAUCGAGGAACUGAUCGUCGAAAAGGAAACGGCUCUCGACAUCGCGCAAGCGAAGGAAGAUGAAUUCGGGGCUAUCCCAUUUCUUGAAAACCAAGUGCAGGAGUUGGGGGAUAAGAACCAUGAGUUACUCUGUGAGCUAGAUUCCCAAGGGGCGAUGCUUGAAAAGCUCCGUCAUGAUCUAGAGACCAGAACUGAAGAGAGCGCAAAACACGUUGCCGCAGCUGCCGAGAUGAAGGAAGAGAAUGCAAAGAUUAAGUGCGCUCUUGAAACCCAAGUAGCAGCAUCUGGCGGGGAGCUCUCCAAAAUCCAGAGUGACCAUGCAGAUAUGCAAGCUCUCUGGGAACGAAAGGUCGAAGAUUUGAGAUCGAAGAAUGAAGGUUUGGUUGCAGAUUUGAAGAUCCGUGAAGACCAACUUCAAGAGGCUGCGAAGUUUGCAAGUCAGAUGGAGGAGCUCAAGGCCCUCAACGACAACCUACUAGCGGAUCUGGAGGGCUGGGAAGUCCGUGUAAACGAGCUAGAGCGAGUUGUUGCGGCCAAAGAUGACGUGUUCCAGGAAAUGACUGUAAUUGAACAGUUGCUAGAGGACCAGAAAUCUCGCACCCAAGAUCUAUUGCUCGAAAUUGACACUUUAACGAAUGCAUUGGAAGAGAAGGAGAGCGAGCUUGCGUUCCUGAAAGCUGACACGUCAAAACGUGAACAAGAGAUUGACACACUGAAGGCAUCACUCGAGCAGAAGGAGAGCGAGCUUGAUUGCUUGAAGGCUGAGAGUUCGAAACAGCACGCAACAACCAUAGCUGAAUUGGAGACUCACCACGAAAAACUCAACCACGCUUUGAAAAAGCAAGUCGAAGUUCUGGAAAACCAAUGUCGUGAACACAAAGAGCUAUCGCGUCGCCACGAAGACACUGAACGAGAAUUGGCAGGAGAAAUCGAAAGCCUCCUGAAACAGUGUAAAAAGAACAACGAACUCGAGCAUCGUUUUGACUUGUCACAACGAGAAUGCGAAAGACUGAACGAAGAGGUGUCGGGCUUGAUCGCCAAGUGCCAAGAUCUCACUACGAGUAAAGAAGAGUCUUUGGAGCAGAAGGAACAUUGUGCCAAGCUCCAAAUUCAAAUAGGCAGCCUUCACCAGGAACUAGAGGAACAAACACAGGCUUUGCAGCAUUCUUUGAGCAUGAAAGAGAAGGAACUUGAUUCUCUAAAGGAGGAAAAUGAAGAUCAUCAAGCCAUCAUCAAGGAGAUUGAGUCUCUUGGUCAAGACCAGUGCCAAGAUCUCACCAGGAGCCAAGAGGAGUGUUUAGGGCAGAAGGCACUGUGUGCCAAGCUCCAAAUUCAAAUAGACAGUCUUCAUCAGGAACUAGAGGAACAGACCCAGGCUUUGCAGUGUUCUUUGAGCAUGAAAGAGAAGGAACUCGAUUCUCUAAAGAAGGAACAUGAAGAUCACCAAGCCAUAAUCAAGGAGCUACAAAGCGAGAUUGAGUCUCUUGGUGUAGACAGAAACCAUGAUAUCCAAACAUUGCAGGCUUCUUUGACGAAGAGAAGGGAGGAGCUUGAGUCUCUAGAGGAAGAAAAUUUGGAGCAUCUGGCCACCAUCGAAGAGCUUGAAAAGAGUUGUGAGGAGUAUGCCAAGAAGGAACAAAACUACCACGACAAGAACGAAGAUUGCGUCGUUGUAGAAUGCCAACUAAGAGAUGUAGACACUCUCAAGGUUGUAAAUGAAGAAAACCAAGAAUCCGAAAUAAUCACUCUCAUCAGAGAGAAGGAAGACAAGAUCCAGGCGCUGCAAAGCAACUUGUACGAAAAAGACCAGACAAUUGGAUCCCUGCAAGACACAAAUGAGCAGCACAUGGACACCAUCAAGGAGUUAAAGGAGCAGUGCAACGAAUAUGUCGAGAUAAAGCAAGAGUACAAACAGGAGAAGCAAAAGUGUGCAAAACUACAGAGUGAGGUUCAAUCCCUUGCUGACAUUGUCAGGCGUACAAAUGAGGUAACGGCACAGAAAAUGGAGUCGAUACAGAAAUCACCACUGAACGAGGCAACGGUACGUGAAGAGGUACAAUCGCUCCGAGAUGAGGUCGAGGACUUGAAUUACCAACUGGACAAGCUAUCGCAUGAAAAGGCAGUUCUUGUGGAUUCCAUCGCCGCGAUUCAAGAGAGAACUACCAUGGCCGAGGAACAACAGCUCCAGCAGCAACAACAGCUCUUUUCACAACUAUCGGACAACAUGGAGUCGGUCGCUCAAGCCCUCGAAGAGCGGGAGAAACAGUUGGAAGCAAGGGAGGAAGAUAAUCGACUCAAAGAUGCAUUUGUGGCUGAGCUUCAGAACAAGAUUGACCAGCAAUCCAAGGACGUGGCGAGUCUCAUUGAUGAGCACGAACACGAGAGCUCGGAAUUGCGUGAAAAAUUGGACGCAUUGUCCACUGCGCUCAAAGAGAAGCAGCAUGCUGGAGGGAACGUCAAGGUUUUGGAAGAGUCACUACGGAAGGAAGAGGCGACGUACAAGGCAAUCCAAGCCGAAAACGAGAAGGUUCGUCAACAGUUGGAAGCAAUCGGCUUUAGCAGUAUGGACGAGCUGGUGCGGGGCCUUGCCAUGAAGUGCCAAGAACACAAGGAAAUGGAGAAUGCCAUUAUGGAACUGGACGUGGAGCUCACAUCACUUCGAAAGGACCUUGAGAAGGAAAAGGAAAAGAGCACCAGGAUCGAUAAUGGCGGUUUCCGGAAGGAUCCUCUAUCCAACAAAUGUAAUUUGCACGUCCACAAAAUCCGGGAGCUUGAGAUGAAGAUAGAUAUUUUCCGCGAAGAAAUUGCUGGCAAGAACGCAAUCAUUGAAGACCUUACGUUGCGGUUGAACGGAGAAAGCAUUGAUGGACACGAUCAAGACUCGGACAAGCUGUCGCAGUCCAGCAAAGACGCACCAGGUCUACGAAUGAAGCGAGUUGCGGGUGCUUCUGGCUCGAGCAGCAACAGCAACCACAGGGCAAAGGCUGCAGUACCGGCGGACGCAUCAAUGACAUCGGAUGACUCGGCAGCCAAGACCGCCAAGGCUCUGGCAACCAUUCCGCAGUUGAUCAAUACAAUAAAGGAACGCGAUGCGACCAUUGGCGCCCUCCAGCAGGAGAUUGCAACUAGCAAGCGCGCAAUUGAGGGGCUGGCACGGGGGCUGGAAUACAAUGUCCAGGAAAAGAUCGAGGCCGACAAGUUGGUCCAUGAGAAGCAAACGGAAUGCUCGAUGUUUGCCUCCAAGGUGCAACAGUUGUCCAAGCAACUAAAACAAAAGGAAAAGAUGAUGGAAAAACUUGAGAAGGACAACAGGCGUGCCAUGAAACGAAAUCUUGCGAGCUACGAUGAGAUCAAAGCCCUGAGCGUGAACGAAUUGGUGGAUCUCCUCCGCCAGUCUCGUUUGCUCUCGGAAGACUUGGAACAAGAACGAGAGCGGCUGAUUGCCAAUGCCACCAACAUGAGCAUUGCAUUGGCGGAAAGCCGCAAUCGAGUGGACGAUCUGAUGGGACAGCUGGAACCAGAAGUGUACAGUCUUUCGGAUCAUAGUGAACCUGGUAGAAUCCACAGCCGAGCUAACAGCAGCCAGAACAGCAAUGAUAAGCCCAAAGGAGGAGGCAUUUGCGGCACCAUGACUACCAGUCCUCUUUCUCCCUUUUGGGGAAAACCGACACGCAAGAGCAAUCAGUACAGCCCACUUUAGCAAUAAGGAUUGGAUUUCAAUGUCGGGGGUGCAUGCAUAUAUGAGUAAUUUAUAGAGUAUAUUGUUGCCAUAAAGG